CCUCUCCCUCCUCCCAUCGCCCUACCUCUUCCUCUCUCUCUCUCUCUCUCUCUCUCGCUCUCUCUCUCUCUCUCUCUUUCUCUUUCUCUUCUUCGUUCUCGCUUGGUGAUGAUCAAAUGGCUCGGGCGAUGAGGAUCCUCGAGGCUAACUCUUCCAACAUCGGGGCGGAGGCCCCAGAGCCGCUCGCCGUGGACUCCGACGUGGUGGUGAUCCUCGCGGCGCUCCUCUGCGCCCUCAUCUGCGUCGUCGGCCUCUCCCUCGUCGCGCGCUGCGCCUGGAUCCGGCGAUCCUCGCCAUCCUCUUCCUCCGCCGGCGGGGAAUCUCGCCCUCCGCGGACUCCCGCGGCGGCGCCGAGCAAGGGGCUGAAGAAGAAGGCGAUCCGGGCGCUCCCGAAGGUGGCGUACGGCGGCGGCGGCGGCGGCGGCGGCAGCGGCUGCGCGGCGAUGAAGGCGUCGGAGUGUCCGAUCUGCCUCGCGGAGUUCGAGGAGGGGGAGGAGAUCCGGAUCCUGCCGCAGUGCGGGCACUGGUUCCACGUCGCAUGCGUCGACACGUGGCUCGGCUUCCAUUCGUCGUGCCCCUCGUGUCGCCGCAUCCUCGUCGUCCCCGCGUCUCCUUCUCCUCCCCCUCCCCCUCCCCCGCCGCGGUGCCAGAGGUGCGGCGCGUGCUCCUCGUCGUCGUCGUCGUCGUCGUCGUCGUUGGCGGCGGCGGCGGCGGCGGAGGAAAGCGGGGCGAUGGAGGACGCCGAAAGGUACCUGCCCUAGCUAUAAUCCCCUACCGGUUGAGCUCGCAAUUGUACAACAUUUCUCUGUCUCUUUCCGUUUUCUGAUUUGGGGAAUUGCGAGUGGUGGAGAUGCUGAUGAGAUAAGGGCGUGGCAAUGCUAUUACUCUGUAUUUAUCAAAAUUCCUGUAAAUUAAUUAAAUAUCGACACAGCAAUAGACGGAUUCUCUUUUGCUGCUUCUUCUGCAGUAA